AUGGCAUUCACUCUUCUUAAGAAUGUGAACAUGGACAAGACUGAGUGGAACAUCAAGGUUCGUGUUGUAAGAUGCUACGAGCGUACAGCAUUUGGGGAUCGCUCUACAGUUUUGGGUCUUGAAUUAAUACUCCAUGAUUCUGAGGGGUACCGUAUUCAUGCCUCUAUCAAGAAGUUUCAUAUGGAGCUUUUUAGGCGCCAUCUGAAGGAAGGAAGUGUUAUUGCAAUCAGGGACUUUAUUGUAGCUCCAAACGGUGGUAGGUAUAAGACAACAAUAGGAAGGUACAAAAUUGCUUUUCAUGGCCGCACUCGGGUGGUGAAAGUUUCAGACGACAGGUUUCCAAAAUUCCUCUACAAUUUCACGAGCUUUCCUGAGUUGGCUAAAGAAACCUUUUUCGACCCUAUGCUCAUCGGUACAAUUUUCAUUCAUUGUAACAGAACAUUGCAGCAGCUCAAUUUGGUUUUGUAA